GGGCGUGAUCCAGUUACGUGAUAGGUGGCUAUCUUACAUGAACUAACCUCUUUAGAGUCCCCAAGACAGCUGACAGGAACAUUGAACUUUAUGCUCACCUGUUUGUGCACAGUUGUUUGUGCUCACUGUGUUUUGGGAGGACGCAUAAAGAAGAGCUAAUGAUCGUCUUCCUUGUGCAGUCCUCUGUUCUAGAACAACAAUGGAAGUAUUUAUCAGGACACUACACUGAUGAAGAAACAGACUGUGUUGUGAAACACUGGGUAAUGACGGAGAGCAGACUGUGUUGUGUUGGCCCCGGCCUCUCUUAGUUUAUCACGGUUGCGUUGCACAGCCGGAAAAUCCAGAGGUUUGCCAAUUGUGUACAGAAUGAGUGGCGACGUUGAACCCGGUCCCUACGAGAUCAGCGAUGGAGGGUUGCCAACUGAAGAAACAAGAAAGGGUCCAGAAGGCUCCGGAAGGCCUGAGUCUCCCUGUGUUUCUGAGGUGAGCAACAGAUCCAAGGAAGAUGAGCUUUAUUUCACAGAGGGACACUGCAAUACUGAAGACAGAACCAGAAUGGGUCCAAAAGGUUCCGGAAGGACUAAGUCUCCCUGUGGUUCUGAGGCGAGCAACAGAUCCAAGGAAGAUCCGCCCGAUUUCAAGGAGGGACACUGCAAUACUGAAGACAGGUCUGUGGUCACAGUGCCCCCUGCUGGCUGUCAUCAUGAACAAAGGGAUAUAGUUCCACAAGAAGAGACCGUCCAAGUGGAUCACAAAUCACGCAUGAAGGAGAAGUAUAGAUAUCUCUGGGAGGGGGGAAGAGAGCCAUCAAGCUACACUCUCAUCCCUUACAUUGACACAGACAUGUACAUUUCCAACCAGAAGGAACUCAGUGAGGCGAAGACAAUGUCCGAAGAAGUGCUUGUUGGAUGUAAUGGCAUUCUGCAACCCCAAAGCGGUCAAGAGAAUCCCAUAAGAUCUGUGCUCACUGUUGGCGUUUCUGGAGUUGGGAAAACUGUCACUGUGCAGAGGUUCAUUCAGGACUGGGCAGACGGAAAAGCCAAUCAGGACAUUCACUCCAUCUUUCCUCUGCCUUUCCGGGAGUUGAACUUGAUCAGGGAGAAACAGUGCAGCCUGCUUGACCUGCUUGAGCAUUUCUACAAGGAUACUAUGGACCGAGAGUCUUUUGACGAGAGCAAGUUUUUUUCUGAAAAAAUCUUGGUCAUCUUUGACGGUCUGGAUGAGUGUCAAUAUCCUCUGAACUUCCAGAACAAUCCGAUCUGUUCAGAUGUGUCCGCCCCAGCCCCAAUGGACGUGCUGCUGACAAACCUCAUCAAGGGGAAUCUGCUUCCCUCUGCUCUCCUCUGGAUCACCAGCCGACCAGAGACAGCCAGUCGUAUUCCUCCUUCUUGCAUUGACCGGGAGACAGAAGUACGUGGGUUCAAUGACUCAAGCAAGAACAAUUACGUCCAGAUGAAAAUCCACGACCAAAGUCUGGCCAGCAAAAUUCUCAACUUCUUAAGGUCGUCCCCGAGCCUCUACAGCAUGUGCCAAAUACCAGUAUACUGUUGGAUACUGGUGAGUGUUCUAGAACGACUCUUAAGUAACCAAGAGGUUGGAGAGAUCCCACAGACUCUGACUCAAAUAUACACCUACUUCCUGUUUAUUCAGACCAACAUUCCCAAGGAAAAGAGUCCAACGCCUAAACACAAAGUUGAGAACAUUAUAUUCAAGUUAAGCAAACUGGCCUUUCAACAGCUAGAAAAGGGGAACCUCAUCUUUUACGAAGACGACCUAAAAGCCAGUGAUCUCAGCCCCUCCGAAGUGUCUCUGUAUCAAGGAGUCUGUGCGGAGAGUUUGAGUCAAGAACUUGGCCUGAGAAAGGAGACAGUCUUCCACUUUGGCCAUAUUAGCAUUCAGGAGCAUCUUGCAGCCCUCUAUGUGUUCCUAAGCUUCGCCAACAGAGAGGAGGGUACAUGUUGCCACCCAACAGCCUCCUCCCAACUUGCCUCUCUGUUCAGAGCUUCGAGUGUGUAUGAGCUUCUUAAGAAUGCAGUGGAUCUGUCGCUGCAGAGUGAGGAUGGGCGACUGGACUUUUUCCUGCGCUUCCUCAUCGGUUUCUCACUGGAGUCCAACCAGACACUCCUGCAAGGUCUGCUGGUGCAUGAGGGCAGCGCCUCCAACGUCAGCAGGAAGACGGUUGAGUACAUCCAGAAGAAGAUUCGUGAGAAUCCAUUCCCGGAUAAGUGCAUGAAUCUGUUUCACUGCUUGAGUGAGCUGCACAACCUGUGUAGUCUGGAGGAGGUGGUCCGGGCCAGGCUAAGCCCUGCGACUGAAUCCAGACACAGCUUAACUCCUGCACAGUGCUCCGCAGUGGCCUUCCUGUUACUCAACUCGGGGGAGGAACUGGCGGAAUUUGACAUGACGAAAUACACCGACACAGAGGAAUGUGUUCUAAGGCUGCUUCCAGUCAUCAAGGCAUCCAGAUCAGCUCUGCUACAUGGUUGUAACAUCACGUCACAAGGCUGCAAACGUCUGGCGUCGAUUCUGAAGUCCGAGUCGUGUCUGGAGGAGCUUGACCUGAGCAACAACGACCUGCAGGACUCUGGGUUCUCUCAGCUCCUCUCUGGACUUCAACACCCUCUCUGCAACUUACACACACUGAAGUUAUGGUACUGCAGUCUGACUAACAAAAGCUGUGAGCAGUUGGCUGAAACACUCGGUAGGAAGUCAAGCCUGAAGGCGCUGAACCUCUCCAGGAACAGUGUGCAGGACGCCGGGCUUAGACAUCUUUGUUCAGGACUGCAGAACCCAGACUCCCAGCUGGAGAAACUAAAACUGGACGACUGCGCCAUCUCUGCGGAGGGCUGUGAGGCCCUGGGGUCGGCGCUGGGCUCCGAGUCCUCUUGCCUGAGGGAGCUCAGCCUGGGCAAUAACAACCUGCUGGACCUGGGCCUGGGUCGCCUCUGUAGCGGUCUGAACAGCCCACACUGUAGACUGGAGAAACUCGGACUGAGGGAGUGUGGUCUCACCCACAGCAGCUGUGCUGCACUGGCUGCAGCCCUCAGGUCCGGCUCGUCCAGACUGAGAGAGCUGAACCUGAGUGACAAUAAGCUGCAGGACGUAGGGAUGAAGCUGCUCUUGCAGGGAAUGCGCACACCUGACAGGACUCUGCAGAGACUACAGCUCAGAUACUGUGGUCUGACCGCAUCCAGCUGUGAGUCCCUGAGUUCCGUGCUCCCCAGCCUGAUGGAGCUGGACCUGAGUGGCAACAACCUCCAGGACACAGGGGUCACAACGCUCUCCCGGUCCUUAACUGACCCCAGCUGUAAACUCAAAAAGCUACAGCUGUCGUACUGCGGCAUGUCUGAUGUUGGCGGAGCCGCCCUGGGCUCGGCUCUGGGUCGGGCCACAGGCCCGCUGGAGCUGCUGGAGCUGACCGGUAACAGCCUGCAGGACCCCAAUCUGAAGCUGAAGCUCAGGAGCCUCCACUGCCUGCUGUAACUCUGGGUAGAGGACCAGUUGGGAACGAUCUGGGCACCUAAACGUCUGGGUAGAGGACCAGUUAGGAACGCUCUGGGCACCUACACGUCUGGAGAAAAAAGAAAUCGAUGGUUUUCAUUGUGUGUAAAUCCUUCACUUUAAAUCUAUUUUUGGACAUCAAUCUAUUCUAUUCAAUCUAUUUGUGGGGCGACAGUGGUUCAGGAGGUGGAGAAGUCGUUUAGUAAUCAGAAGGUUGCUAGUUCGAUUCCCACUGUCGAAGCGUCCUUGAGCAAGGCACUGAACCCCUAAUUGCUCCUGAUGUGCAGCGUGCCGUCAGUGAAGAUGUAAGAUGUAUAUACAAACUUGUAAGUCGCUUUGGAUAAAAGCGUCUGCUAAAUGUAAAUGUAUUCCUUCCUCCCAUAGUGUGUAAAUCUAUUAGCCUAUUUACAAAUUGGGACAAUAUUAUAUAUAUUACCUAACCUAUACAGUUGUUGGACGGUGUAGCUUUUUAUUUAUUACAAAUUAUAUUUUAAAUUAAUUUCAUUAAUGUAUUUAAUAUAUACAUUUUAGCUAUGUAUAUCUUAGACAUAAGUCUGUGUCUGUGUGUGUGUGUGUGUGUCUGUCUGUGUGAGCAUAUGCUAAAAGCAUAAAUAUUUAUUACUUGAACAUCCUUUCUCCCUGUGCCUGUAAUUGAGUCACUGAGUUACUUAAAUGUCAGUGGUUAUUCAGCUUACUGAUUUCUUUAAAAUAAGUAUAUUUUUCACCACUAAGGGGCAGCAGAGUAACAACUCCGAGCCCUCCCACUAAUAGUAGCCACGAAUACAUUCCACUGCUGAUUAUACCAUCCAUGUCACCCAAAUGCUUUGUGGUCCUACAGAAUGAAAAUAAGACUAUAUACUUAUAUAGAUUAUACACUCAUUAAAAUAUUCAGAACA